AGAACAAUUAUUUAUCAAUACUAUGAAGUACGUUUUAAAAUCACAACAAAAAACGCAUUCUCGUUUUAAUUCCAUUCGUAAUAAGAUGUCUGUUGUAAACGUUUUCAUUUUACUACUGUGUAUAAUCGUUCUCAGCGAACGGUGUGCAUCUUUAAACGACAAAAACAAUUUCUUAAACAAUGUAAAUGCACCAGCUGGUGCCAUGAAGACUCGUUCUGAGAAAAAUGAUUUUUGGAAUCCACUGAACCUGCCGAAAAAGUUCGACUCUAGAGCAAAAUGGUACAAAUGUCCGUCUAUUGGUCAUAUUUACGAUCAGGGUAACUGCAAGUCAAGCUACGCUAUUUCCGUGGCGUCAGCCGUAAGCGACCGAAUUUGUAUCCAUUCAAAUGGAACGAUAAAACCAAAACUGUCAGCACAGCAAAUAUUGUCCUGCUGCUACCUGUGUGGAAAUGGCUGCAUGGGGGGCAACCAUUUCGAGUCUUGGGACUUCUAUAGAAGACACGGAUUGGUAUCCGGAGGUGAAUAUGGUUCGGACGAGGGAUGUCAACCAUACACGAUUGAACCAUGUCAACAUGCGGAAAACGCAGUUGAUAACGCAUGCUCGAAUAAAACAUUUUUCACUCCAGAGUGCAAUUUCCAAUGUUAUAAUCCUAGUUAUGAGACGAAGUACGUGAAAGACAAUCAUCAAGGAAAGUAUUAUCGUGUCCCAGCAUACAAAGCGAUGAAAGAAAUUUACGAAAACGGUCCGAUAACGGCGUCAUUUUAUAUGUACCAAGACUUUGUCAACUAUCAAUCAGGUGUAUACGCAUAUAACUCUGGAAAAUACGUUACCACUCAAGCGGUUAAAAUCAUAGGCUGGGGAGAAGAAAACGGCACGCCAUACUGGUUGGCAGCCAAUUCGUUCAAUACAUACUGGGGCGAAAAUGGGUUCGUCAAAAUUAAACGAGGUGCCAACGAAUGUUACAUAGAAGAAUAUAUGUACGCCGGAUUACCGUUAUGAAUUGUCAUAAUAUACAAUUUGAUUGACCGGAUAAGAUCUUUUAAUCUUUAUCUGACAUUUUUUUCUUCUCUUCUGUAUCAAAAAAUUACAUGGUUACUUAA